UGGCACCCCUCGCUACUUGUGGAGCAUGGGUUAUGUCUGAAAGAAACAGAGAGGCUCUUGAUAGCGUCUUGUCCCCUCCAUCUAUGCCAUUUCGGAAAUCUAGUAACCCUGAAGUUUCUUCUGGCCCUGGGAAGUCACUGAAAUUUAAAAGGCAGCUCAGUGAAGAUGGAAGGCCAUUUAGAAGAGGGAGCCUUGGAGGAGCUCUGACCGGCAGAUAUUUGUUGCCAAAUACUGUUACACAGCAGUCAUGGCAAAGUGGAGAAACUACCAAUCUUGUCCGAAUGCGCAGUCAAGCUCUUGGACAGUCAGCACCUUCUUUAACAGCUAGCUUGAAAGAGCUGAGCCUUCCAAGAAGGGGAAGUUUUCUCACCCCAAGAAGCCUGAGCCCAACCCCAACAAGCCCUUGCAGCCCAUGCAGUCCUCUGUUCGCUUUUCAUUUUUGGAGUUGCCGGACAAGUAAUCGAAAAAGUUUAAUAUGCAAUGGACAGUCUCCAGCUAUGCCAAGGCCCCAUUCGCCACUUUCAGCUCAUGCAGGGAGCAGCCCUCAAGAUAGCCCUAGAAAUUUCUCUCCUAGUGCCUCAGCCCACUUUUCUUUUGCACGAAGUCAUGGACAUCGAAAUGAGAGGACGGAUGGACGACGUUGGUCACUGGCAUCUCUUCCAUCCUCUGGAUAUGGUACAAACACUCCUAGCUCCACUGUUUCAUCAUCCUGUUCUUCACAAGAGAAGUUACACCAGCUACCAUAUCAACCAACACCAGAUGAACUUCAUUUUUUGUCUAAACAUUUCUGUGCCACUGAAAGCAUUGCCAGUGAUAGUAGAUGUAGGACCAAUCAAAUGCGACCACGAUCCAGAAGUCUCAGCCCUGGACGUUCUCCUGCCUGCUGUGACCAUGAAAUAAUUAUGAUGAACCAUGUGUAUAAAGAAAGAUUCCCAAAGGCUACUGCUCAGAUGGAAGAACGGCUUCAGGAGAUUAUCACCAGCUAUUCUCCUGAUAACGUUCUUCCUUUGGCAGAUGGAGUGCUCAGUUUCACCCACCAUCAGAUCAUUGAGCUGGCUCGUGAUUGUUUGGAUAAAUCUCAUCAAGGUCUCAUCACCUCUCGAUACUUUUUUGAAUUACAACACAAAUUGGAUAAGCUCCUGCAAGAGGCUCAGGAGCGAUCAGAAAGUGGAGAACUGGCAUUUAUUAAGCAACUUGUCCGAAAGAUUCUUAUUGUCAUUGCACGUCCUGCUCGACUACUUGAAUGCUUGGAGUUUGAUCCUGAGGAGUUCUACUACCUUUUGGAAGCUGCAGAAGGACAUGCAAAAGAGGGGCAAGGCAUAAAAACUGAUAUCCCUAGAUAUAUUAUAAGCCAGCUGGGGUUGAAUAAGGAUCCUCUGGAAGAAAUAGCUCAGCUAGCCAGCUAUGACAGUGGGACAGCAGCAACUCCAGAAACUGAUGAAUCAGUUGGUAACUCGAAUGCUUCCCUUAAACUUCAGAGAAAGCCUCGUGAAAGUGAUUUUGAAACAAUUAAACUGAUUAGUAAUGGAGCAUACGGUGCUGUUCAUUUGGUGCGGCAUAAAGAAACCAGACAGAGGUUUGCCAUGAAGAAGAUUAACAAACAGAAUAUCAUUCUUCGAAAUCAGAUUCAGCAGGCAUUUGUUGAGCGUGAUAUCUUGACAUUUGCAGAAAAUCCAUUUGUGGUCAGCAUGUAUUGUUCCUUUGAAACUAGACGCCAUUUGUGUAUGGUCAUGGAAUAUGUAGAAGGUGGAGAUUGUGCUACUUUACUGAAAAACAUGGGUCCUCUGCCUGUAGACAUGGCCAGGAUGUAUUUUGCAGAGACUGUUCUAGCACUGGAGUAUCUUCACAACUAUGGAAUAGUGCACAGAGAUUUGAAACCAGAUAAUUUGUUAGUAACAUCCAUGGGACAUAUAAAGUUAACAGAUUUUGGGCUGUCCAAAGUUGGUCUCAUGAGCAUGACCACCAACCUUUAUGAAGGUCACAUUGAAAAGGAUGCUAGAGAAUUUCUGGAUAAGCAGGUCUGUGGCACACCAGAAUAUAUAGCUCCAGAAGUAAUCCUGAGGCAGGGUUAUGGCAAACCAGUGGACUGGUGGUCUAUGGGAAUUAUCCUUUAUGAAUUUCUCGUUGGGUGUGUGCCAUUUUUUGGGGAUACACCAGAGGAAUUAUUUGGACAAGUAAUCAGUGAUGAGAUCAACUGGCCUGAAAAAGAUGAAGCACCACCCCCUGAUGCCCAGGAUCUGAUUACUUUCCUUCUGAGGCAGAACCCGUUGGAGAGACUGGGAACAGGUGGUGCGUAUGAGGUAAAACAACACCAGUUCUUUCAGCACUUAGACUGGAAUAGCUUACUGAGACAGAAGGCAGAAUUUAUACCUCAACUAGAAUCUGAAGACGACACAAGCUACUUUGACACUCGUUCUGAAAAAUAUCAUCAUAUGGAAACAGAAGAGGAAGAUGAUACAAAUGAUGAAGACUUCAAUUUGGAGAUAAGGCAGUUUUCCUCAUGUUCACAUCGAUUUUCGAAAGUUUUUAGUACUAUAGAUCGAGUAACUCGAAAUCAAACUGAAGAGAGGGAAGAUACAACUGAGAGAACAAAAAAUGUGACACUGACAUCUGCAGAAUCAUUAAGUUGGAACUCAGAAUAUACUGAAAUGCAACAUCGCAAUUCAGGUGUUCUUCCAAAAUUGGCUAUAUCAGCUGAAGUAGAACAAGAAGAAACUCCACGCUCUACUGGACCCCAUAAAGAUCAAGAGAAGGCUGCAUUUCUGAGUGAAGAAACUAUUCAAGAUGAACUGGAGGUAACAACUCCAGCAAGCACAAUCAGUAGCACCACAUUGUCAGUUGGUAGUUUUUCAGACCACUUGGAUCAGAUAAAUGGAAGAAAUGAGAGUGUGGAUAACACAGAUAAUUUCUCAAAGCCACCCGCUGAUCAAGCAUCUCAUGUGGCUCGUCAGCGAUUAGAAACUACAGAGAAAAAGAAAAUAUCUGGAAAAGUCACAAAAUCUCUUUCGGCCAGUGCUCUGUCCCUUAUGAUACCAGGAGAUAUAUUUGGUGUGUCUCCUUUGGGAAGUCCAAUGUCGCCCCAUUCUGUGUCUUCAGAUCUCUCAUCCUCCAGAGAUUCUUCUCCUAGCCGUGAUUCCUCAACGGCUUCUGCCAGUUCCCACCAACCUGUCAUAAUUCACACUUCAGGAAAAAAAUAUGGAUUCACUAUCCGAGCAAUCAGAGUGUAUGUGGGUGACAGUGACAUCUACACAGUUCACCACAUUGUUUGGAAUGUUGAAGAAGGAAGCCCAGCUAAUCAGGCUGGCCUGAAGGCUGGAGAUCUCAUAACACACAUCAAUGGAGAGCCAGUACAUGGCCUUGUUCAUACGGAAGUCAUAGAACUGUUAUUGAAGAGUGGCAAUAAAGUGUCAAUUACUACAACACCUUUUGAGAAUACUUCAAUAAAAACAGGACCAGCUAGAAGAAAUAGCUAUAGGGGCCGAAUGGUUAGACGGAGUAAGAAAACAAAAAAGAAGGAAAGUUUGGAAAGGAGGAGAUCUCUCUUCAAAAAGCUGGCUAAGCAACCCUCACCCCUGCUCCAUACUAGUCGGAGUUUCUCCUGUCUAAACCGAUCACUCUCAUCAGGGGAGAGCUUGCCGGGCUCCCCAACUCACAGCUUGUCUCCUCGCUCACCAACACCAAGCCUCAGGUCCACCCCAGAUUUCCCCUCAGGUACAAAUUCUUCUCAAAGUAGCUCUCCUAGUUCAAGUGCACCCAAUUCUCCAGCUGGUUCAGGGCAUAUUAGACCCAGCACCCUUCAUGGUUUGGGCCCCAAGCUUGGUGGGCAAAGAUACAGGUCAGGAAGACGCAAAUCUGCUGGUAGCAUUCCUCUCUCGCCUUUGGCACGGACUCCUUCUCCAACACCUCAGCCAACCUCUCCUCAGAGAUCUCCAUCACCUUUGCUGGGACAUUCAGUUGGAACCCCCAAAAUAGCUCAAGCAUUCCCUAGUAAAAUGCACUCUCCUCCCACUAUUGUUAGACAUAUAGUGAGACCUAAGAGUGCAGAACCACCAAGGUCACCAUUGCUCAAAAGGGUUCAGUCAGAAGAGAAACUUGCCCCUUCUUAUGGCACUGACAAAAAACACUUGUGCUCACGCAAACACAGCCUAGAGGUGACGCAGGAAGAAGUUAAUAGAGAGAUACCUCAACGAGAAACAACACUACAGAGCCUGGAGGAGAAUGUAUUGGAUGCCCCAUCGCUUACUCGAGUUAGACCUGCAGAACAGGGCUGCUUAAAACGCCCCAUCUGCAGGAAGGUAGGCAGACAAGAAUCUAUUGAUGAGUUGGACAGAGAAAAAUUAAAGGUCAAGAUUGUUGUGAAGAAGCAAGAUCUGGCAGAGAAACAGGAGUAUUUGCAGAAAGCAAGCACUGUACAUGAACUUUGUGGUGAAUCAGAAUGCUCUGUUAUAUCAGGUCUAGAGGAGAGAGAUGGCAAGAAAUCAUUUCAGAAAGCUUUGGAAAGAUCAAACCACUUUGAAAAUAAAAUUGUAGCUCUGGAGACGACACAGUCAUUAGGUGGCAUGUUAAAAGACACCCUUCAAAAGAAUGCAAGCAUGAGAUCAAAUGAUUUUACUGCUUCAGAUGCUCAUGUAUCAUGUCAUGGCCUUCCACUUAAUGAAUUCAGUCAUUUGUCAUAUGACUUCAAAAGAACUCCCCCUCCAUGUACAUUGCAGGAUGGUCUGCCUUCCUCAUCUGACAAGAUACUGAAUGCAAAAGGAGAAAAUGUAGAUAAAAAUGCACCAACAAAAGAAUUUGUCAAAUUUGAAAGAUUAGAUAGUAAACUUGCAAAUAUUGAUUAUCUACGGAAGAAAAUGUCCUUUGAAGAAAAAGAUGACAGCCCUUGUCCAGUGCUAAAGUCCAAAAUGACAUCAAAUGUACACGAGUGUCAUCAGCUCAAUACAGUCAGAUCUAUAAACAUGCUGCAGGAUUCUAAUUCAGUUGCUGAAAGCCGAUCUUUUAUCAGCAGUGCUCAUGCUUCUCAGAUUAACUCUGUUCCUUUUGUUCCCCUCAAAGCCUUGAAUGGCCGAACAGAAACUGUUGCAGAGAAGUCAGCCUUGAUUUCUACAGAAUCAUCUGUUCGAAAGAGUCCUUCAGAGUAUAAGCUGGAAGGAAGAUCUGUGUCUUGCUUGAAACCAAUUGAAGGCACUCUAGAUAUUGCUUUACUGUCAGGACCACAGGCUUCAAAGACAGAAGUGUCUUCAUGUGCAUUCCCAGGAGGCCAGAAUACCAAAAAUGAUGCAGUACUCACAUACCAAGAUAGCAGCAUUGUAAAGAUGGAGCCAUUUUGUCAGAAAGAGCUGCCAUCGACUGUCCAACAAUCUAAUAAAUCAGAUCUGAUCCAAUGUUCAAAGCCAAAUAAAAGUUCUCAAAGCUCACCAGCAAAGUCUGUGACUAUUGAACAGCGAUCAGAAAAAACACUCUCUGAUGUAAGUGCUAAAUGUAAUCCCUCUGUUAGGGUGACAAACCAAAAAAAGGAGUUAGUCCAACUUAGUGCAAAUGAGACUAAAUCUAAUAGUCUUCAUAACCAGAGUUCUGUCCAGGCACAAGGAAAUCCUGAGAAAGCCAAACGAAGAGAGAAGAAAAUCACCAAAGAAGUGCCUGACAGCCACACAAGGGCUCAACAAAGUAGUGAUGUGCUUCCAGAGAGAACUGAGAUCACUGAGGAUUCCUCAACCAGGAGAUCUAUAGCAGAGAUGCCCCCAAAUCAAGAUAACAAACGCAUUCCAAGGUGUUCUUUUGAUGUAGCUUCUCAGUCACAAGUACGUGGAAUAACAAAAGUUCAGGUAACAAACUCCAAAAUGAAGCCCAAAGAUGUCAGAAAUGCACACAAACAAUCUUCAAAAGAGGAUGAUAACAGCUGUAGAGAAUCUUCAGCAAAUGACUUGGAUAUACAGAAAUCUAAUGUAUCACUCAAGCCUGAAACUUCACUUCUCCAAAUAUCAUUACAAACAUCUUCAGAUCCUAAUUCUGCCAAACUGGAAGAUAAUAUGGCUGGUUUGACUGUGCUGAAGGAUAGCCAUCCUGGCCUUAGAGCAAAAGAGCAGAAGCAGUCAAAAAAUGCACAGCCUUCAAGUGGGGACAAAGAGCCCAAUUUUGUUUCUAGGCAGCAAAAUAGCAAUUCUGAUACUCAUGUUGCAAAAGAAUCAUUCAACAGGCCAUCUGUAGUAAAUGCUUCCACAUUUUGCGGCAAUCAAGAAAAUCUCAAACUUGCAUCAUGUAUAGAAAAUAGCAGUGUUAAAUCUAAACUUAUAUCUGAUCAUUGUUCCUCUAAAUUAAAACAUUCUGAGAAACAAAAACAAAUAGUUAUAAAUGUAAAAGAAAAAGAAGUGAAUGUUCAAGCUUUACCUGUUUCUUCAAAGGAGGAGAAAAGUGUAGGUAAAACUGCUCUUGAUACUUUUUCAUAUCCUUCAAGCUCUCAAAGGAAGAUAAACAAUGAGCAUAUCCAGAUUGAAAAGCAUCUGGUCAUAGAAAGUGGACCAGAUCCUUCAGUACAAAUCAAUUGCACCAUUCCUGAAAAACAACCUAAACCAUCAAGUAAAAACCAGGCAGGAGCAGUAUCGCCAGACAACACUAAGCAUUUUCAAAAGCAAGAUGUGACAAGUGACUCUGUUGAUCAAAAGCCAUAUCACAUGCGCAACAAGCAAAGUGUGCCUCCAAAGGCAUCUGCUGUGAAAGAGUGUCCCUUACUGAACAAACAGGUCGACAAGGGCCCAAGCAAUCAGACCAUCUCAGCAGAAAAACUUAUUGAUGGAAAAAAAUGCACUGAUGCACUUUAUUUUCAAAAUGACCAUGGGAAAUUGGCUCCUAGCCUUUACCUUUCCAGCUGUGAUGCCCGGGGGAAAGCUGCAGAAAAGGCAGCCCCAGGUAGCAAGAACUUGCAGGACAGUAAAGGCAAAGGACACAUGAACCAGAAGCAGCCAGCAGAAGGGAGCAAGCAACUGGCAGCAAAACACUCCUCAUCCACUCUUGUGCAGAAUUCUUGUCGCACAGCUGCAAUUACUGUGAAGCAGCUUGACUCCCCAUCCAGCUUUCCUGACUCUAGACAGGAAACCCAUGUUUUGCCUUCAGUGAAAGCUAAGAUGGGGUCCUCAGAACCACUUUCACUUAGCUGUAGGGAACUGAAAAAGCAAACCGGCUCUUCCAUGCCAGAUGGCAGGGCAGAAAUUAUUAGAAAUGUUUCAGUGUUGGGCAUACACUGUGCCCCAUCCACCAUGGAAGAGCACAUUCCCAUUUCAGACUUAGGGGGAAAGCCAAAAGGCCAAGAGAGGUCUCAUUCAGCUAACCCUGGGGACAUAAAGGGAAGGGAUUCCAGUCUGCCUCAGUCUUCUGCUGCAAAAAAACAGAAUGUAGGUAAAGAUUUGCCAAAGUCAGGGGCUUCAGCUGACUCUCUCAGUGCACUUUCAUCUGACAAAGACUCUGCUCGUCAGAAGCGAGGAAAGGACGCCUCACGGAGUAGCCCCCACAAAAAAACUUCCCAAUAAUUGAAAAGUAAGAUUUCUCAGCUGAAAAUCUAGAAUCUUGUCUUAUCUUCAGAAAUCAGCACUGUGUAGUAUUUUCUUGCAGAAAAACUUUCCGCAGCACUUAAGCAGGGUGUGUAAAGAAAGGACUUGUUUUUUUCCCUCAAAAAGCCUUCCUAAAUGUAACCGGUUAAACUGUUACCAUAUUGUAUUUGUACAAAAAUACUUUUACAAUUUGAGAAACACAUUGUGGGGCAGGGGAUAGCAAACUGUCUGUAAAUACUUAGCUGUGUGUAUUGUUUCGAAUGUAGUGCAUCUCCUUUGCUGAUCGCAUUGUUUACCUUUUCAAGAACAGUUGCUUUUCCACUGGAUUGCCAUAAUCUAAGAAGAAGCAGAAUUACUAAAGCUUUGAUCUAGCUGAACCGACAGAUAUAUUGGUCUAAUGGGGAGGAUGGUGUCCCCCUUUUUCUACUUGUUCAAAAUUCUAAGCAUAAGUAUAAAAUUUAUGAAAUUAUAAAUCUAGUGGAUGUUAGUGAGUUUAGAUGUGUAUUUUAAGAGCUUGAGGUUGAUAGUAUUAUAGUGAACUAGACUGAUUAGUUUAAGUAGAUAACUAAAUAGCAGCUCUUUAAUGCACAAAGUCUGCCUUUUGGCUUAGACUACACCAGUUAUAGGAAAAGGGAAAAGUCUUCAUUAACAUUCUCACACCAUCCUGUUCACAUAGUAGCUUUCUGAUAGUAUGAAGUCCCUUUACAUCUCCUUUUCAAUGAAUUACCCUAGGCGCUAAGUCUUGAGAAGCUUGAGGUGAGCUUCUGCUGUUGAUUCAAUCCACAUUUAUUUACUAUCAGACUUUUAUGAUGUGAGACCUGGGAAAAUACAUAUAGUUUGAAAUGUUAAACCUUUAAUUUACAUUAACUAUUUGUCUUUGUUAUCAUACUAUCUGGAUUUGAGCAUUUAGUAGUUCAGCUUUCUUUCCUAUUUUAUGACAUAAGUCGUGUGUUGGAGGGGAGAAGAGAGAGGCAUUUUCCAACAUUGCAUCUAGAAAAUAUAUUCAGCACCUGAUUAAUAUCUUAUUACCUAGCUGGGGGCCUUACGUUAUAGAUUGAGCUUGCUGUUUUUAGCAAGUCAUCCUAGGUUUCGCAUUAUUUUUGAAGUCCAUUAUUUUUAGCUCUACACAUUUCAUAUUGUGACCUUUAUUUGUAUGCAAAAGAAGUAAAUGUAGAGUUUUUUAAAUAAAAAAAAGAUAUGUUUUUUGUAAAAAGGGGGUGGGUGGGAGCUAUUUGAGCUAUUUGGUGCUAGAAUGUGAGUUUCCUUUUUAUUUUUGCUAGGCCUUAUUUGAAUUUUGUGUCUUGUGGGAUAUAUCCUGUUUCUCUGAUUAAAUUUUGAACAACAGUGUUUGCUUCGAGACUUAGAUGGCAGUACUCCAGAAAGAUUAUCACAGGUAAGUGUGUUAGAGUGAUCAAGAUCUAAAAAACAACUUUUGAAUGUUUCACCUUCAAUAUUUCCUUUUUAAAAAAUCUCUUGAAGCUGACCCUCUUCCCAGGGUGUUUCCCCCAUUUCUCUCAGUAUAUUUUCCCAAGCACAACACAACUAUGAAUUGGAUGUUAGUAAAAAAAAAAAAAAAAACUUGUGAGUAUGUUAACUGUAUUAACCCUGAGGGGGAAAAACUAAAUUGUGUGGGAUUUGGUUCAAUUUUUAAAAAGUCUUUGCUAAGAAAAUAAAAUUACCAGCAAGUCUCUGGAAUUUUCCACGAAUUGCUAGUAAAUUUGUUCCAUGGGCUCAUGAAUUAUUUCAAAGAACUGAAGGUAUAUAUAUUUUUAAGACCAUGGUCCUGGCAUUUACAGUCUGUAUCUGUACUUUGGGAAUACAAUCAUUACAGAAUAAUCCACUCCAGAAUCAUGACAUUUCUAUCUGGAAGGUAUUUCGUAGUUUACACUGCUUGCAUUUAAAAACCUUCCACUUGUUUUCUGUAAAGCACACCUAGCUAUCUUGUUUACAAAUGUAUCAUUUUAUGUAUAUUUUGUAUAGUGCUUUAUCAUGUCUGCCAAAUAUUCCCCUCUCCUCUCCCACUUUGGAAGUGUAGCACCUAAGCUUGCAUUCAUGUACUCUCUGUUUGUUGGUGUUUAUCUUACAGUGAACUGUUUAAAAAAUCCUCUGAAAUGUACUCUUAGUCAGUCUUUCUGUGAUUGUACAUUAAAAUGUCACUUUGUAGUAUUUCUUAUUGUAGAUUCUCAAAUUAUUAAAAAGAAAGUUUGUUAGGAUCUGUGCAAUAAAGUGUUCGCAGUUUUAUUUUCUUUAAGAAAUCUCCAUGGAUGUCAUAACCAGUGAUAUUUAAUUAAAAUAUUUAUACUUAAUGCAGUUGCAGAACUUUGAAAUAAAACUGAGCAUGAAAGGGAUUUGAGUUUGUUUUUUUGAAAUGACCCCCUUGAAUAAUGUGCAAGUUAUAAGAAAAUGAAAAGCCAAAGUUAUGUAGCUAGAUACAUUUGCCCCGCUGAUCAUUACAACCCUAAACACAUUUCAGGCAUAACAGUUACAUGCGAAUUAUGUAAACAGGCAUCACAUACAGGGUUGGGCUGCAGGGUUUCUUUACUGGCCUCUCUGUUGACAACACCAUGAUCCCAGUUUUCACAUAUCUGGAUAACUGUAGAGGAAUACAGUAAUAAUAGAGUUUCUUAUAUCCAAAUUUUUGAUUUGAUAUGCAUUGGAUUUUUUAAAAAGGUGCUGUAGAAAUGUACUGUAUGGAUUCUUUAGAGACAAAUAUGUGGGUUUGGAUUUUUUUUUAUUAUGCCCCUUUGAAGGUUUAAUGGACUUGUUACCAAAUUGUACAACAUAGGUAACUUCUUCAUAGUUUCUGAAAGCACUGAUAUCCAAUUAAAUAGAAUAAAGUAUUCUUCAGAUCUUGAGACAUCCACAGCAUCAUGG